UUCGCGGUGCGACCCUCAUUCAUCCGCUCAAUUAACAUCUAAUUAGCCUUCAAAGCUGGAGCCGGGGCGGCGUGUGUCCUCCAUCACACCCAGGAGAGCCUGAUUACCGCCCCGCCCGGGCCGCCGGAGGCUGAUUACCGCCCCGCCCGGGCCGCCGGAGGCUGAUUACCGCUCCGCCCGGGCCGCCGGAGGCUGAUCCCGCCGGAGGAAUAACCGAGGAGGACAUGACCGACUUUGAGAUCGACGUGGAGAGCCUGGAGGCGGAGAGCGACGAGCUGCCGGAGGACUCGCAGUGCUGCAGCCGGCCGGGCUCCGCGCCGCUCGGCGAGGACGACGGCGACACCGGGAAGGGCGACGGCAAGCCGGGCCCCAGCGGCCUGAGCUCCGGCGACCAGAGGAAGCUGAGCCGCACGCCGAAAUGCGCCCGCUGCCGCAACCACGGCGUGGUGUCCUGCCUGAAGGGCCACAAGCGCUUCUGCAGGUGGAGGGACUGCCAGUGCGCCAACUGCCUGCUGGUGGUGGAGAGGCAGCGGGUGAUGGCGGCGCAGGUGGCGCUGAGGAGGCAGCAGGCCACGGAGGAUAAGAAAGGGAUUUCUGGGAAACCAAUUCCGGCCGAGAGGAGGAUUUAUCAGCGACACAUCCGACCCUCGACGAUGCUCGCCAAAAGCAUCCUAGAAGGAUACCGUCCGGUGCAGCCGGAUCCGUUCCUGGCGCCCAACGCCGCCCUUCCCCCGCCGCUGAGCGACCGCAUGAGGAAGAGGAGGGCCUUCGCCGACAAGGAGCUGGAGACCAUCAUGCUGGAGCGCGAGUACAAAGAGCGGGAGGUUCUGGAGAGCAACCAGGCGGCCGCCGGCCCGCUGCUGUUCCCGGCCGGCCUGGUCCACCACGCUGCCGCCGCAGAGUUCAGCGCCUACAAGGCCGGCUUCUCCCCGGCGCCUCAGGUGGAGCAUCAACCCAAAGAUCUGUGCGGCUUCCUCGGCUCAGGCUGCCUGGAUCUGCCGGCGCCGUAUCCCAGCAGCGCCGCCAACGUCGAGUUGAUCUCUUCCAACGUCAGCGUGGCCACCACCUACCGCCAUUACCCGCUGCAGCCGUCGCGCGUGAUGUGGCCCCGCGGCGCCGCCAACCUGGGAGACGCUCUGCUGUAUCAGCAGUGCCUGUUCAACGCCACGGCGGUGCAGAACAUGAAGCCAGGCGCCGUGUGGGAGCCUAAACUGAUGCCCACUGAGAGCCAGCCGCCGGAGCAGGAGGCGGCGGCCGGGCUCGCCACCAAACUGGAGGGGUCCCGAGCAGCCGCCCUGCUGGACCCCAAACCUCCCUGCGCCUCCCAAAUGAAGGAGUGCUCGGCCUUCUCGCCUCCAAAACGCAGCUUUGGACACUCCUUCCCCAGCAACAGUCAUUCCCACAACCCAAAACUGAGCAAGGACGGCGCUAAGCUGUCCAUGAAACUCGACUCCUUCCACAGCCUGGUCCAGACCUCGCUGGCGGGGAAACCCGGCGGGCCGGACCUGAGAGAGCCGCACUGCAGGGAGCUGCUGGAGGAGGCGGCGCGCAAGUUCAGGGAGGGAAACGGCAAGGACGUAUCGACCAAACCCAAGACGGCGUCCGGCGAGUCUCUUUCCUUCUCGGUGGAGGCCAUAUUGAAACGGCCGGCGCCGGCGGUGAGCCGAGCGUUCCACUGACUGACCAGGAUCCAGUUUUUUGCACUACAAAACGUUUUGGGCUGAAAUGAAAACACAAGCACUGCUUUAAAAAAAGAAAAACAGUCGGUGUGAACUUUGUAACAUGAAUGUACAGGAUAUAAUAUUUUACAAGUGCAUGUUUUAAUAACGUUAUUGUGUAGAGUAUUUAAACAUUAUCUGAUCUUUAUUGUUUCUCAUGUCAAUAAACUGUAAAAAGAAAAUCUCAAUUUUAUUUUCAACUUGAA